CGAACGCUUCGUCCCCUCAAGCGUCGACGCUAAAUGCAUCUUACAUUGAGUGCCAGUAUUCGCGACGGAUGUGCAUCUCAGAAUAAAGUGAUUUACUAUUUCUUAAACGACGAUAAUUAAAUAAUUCUACGAUCUGAGUUAGUUUUAAUAGUUUUUACGAGAAAAAUGUUUAAUAAAUCGUAAAUUUUAAUUUGAUAUUAACGUUAUAUUUAAUAAAUACAUUUAAAUAAAUCAAUAUGGAAACCGAAAACCAAAAAACUACAGAUCAAACAGCAGAGGAACAACCGUUGAAAGCUGAAAUACCAACCAAUAUACAGAGCUUGGGGUUUUUGGGUAAAUUGAAAUAUGUGAAAGCGAAUAUUACAGUGGAGCCUGUUUUAGCGUUGUUUGUAAUGCCUAGUGUUCUAGCGAUGUUAGCUACACAGAAUCUAAAUUUGGACAAGGCAUGUCGAGUAAAUUUGGAAUUCGAAGAUCUCGUUUGUACUAAUUUGAGACUCAGAAAACGAGCAAAUCACACAUUCGAAGAAGAUGAAGUGCAAAAAUUAAUAGCUUCCGUUCAAGCUUGGAAAAGUGUUAUACUAACAGCUGUUCCAACUACCUUGAUGCUGUUUAUAGGCGCGUGGAGUGAUAAGACAGGAAGGCGGAAAAUUUGCAUGACUAUGCCAAUCAUCGGGGAAAUCUUGACAUGUCUUCUGAAUAUGACAAACACGUAUUUUUUCUAUGAGGUCUCUGUGGAGUUGACUGUGUUUAUGGAGGUCAUAUUUCAAUCACUCACAGGGGGAUGGUACACAAUGCUACUCGGUACAUAUAGCUAUUUGGGUGAUAUCACAUCGAAAGAAACGAGAACAUUUCGAUUGGGUAUAUUGAGUUUGUGUAUGACCGUAGGAUUCCCAAUAGGGAUGGGUUUGAGUGGUGUACUGCUAAAAUAUGCUGGAUACUAUGGAGUGUUCUCUAUGGCCGCGUUCUUCCAAUUUAUCAAUUUAUGUUACGUUAUCUUUCUCAUUGAUGAUCAUAUAUGGUUAGAAAAUAAGGAUAAGGAAAAGCGAACGGGAUGCACCGGGUUUCUUCUGGAAUUUUUCGAUUUCCACAGUCUCAAGGACACAAUGCAUAUAGCAUUCAGGAAAGGUCCUAAUAAUAGGAGAUUAAGAAUAUGCUUGGUUUUGACUGUAGUCUGUCUGAGUUUUGGACCUCUGUGGGGUGAACUGAGUAUAAUGUAUAUUUUUGCACGCUAUCGCUUCAAUUGGGACGAAGUGAAGUACAGCAUUUACUCGACUUAUAAUCUUGUUACGCAUUCUAUAGGUACAAUGUUUUGUAUUAGCGUGUUCAGCAAGAAGUUGGGAGUUGACGAUGCGGUUCUAGGAAUGAUCUCGACGAGCAGUAAGAUAUGCGGUGCUCUCGUUUUAGCCUUUGCUAGAACCGACCUUGAAGUUUAUAUGGCUCCUCUCGUAGAAAUUUUGAACGGGACGACGACUAUAGCUUUACGGUCGAUCGCAUCUAAAUUGGUAUCGCACCAAGAAUUAGGUAAAGUGUUUUCGUUAUUUGGGAUUGCGGAGACGAUGAUGCCUCUCAUAUUCUCGCCGCUGUAUUCCCGCGUGUAUAUAUUAACGCUACACGUGCUGCCAGGCGCGGUGUUCCUGCUCAGUGUGCUGGCUACCUUGCCGGCGUUUGGAAUAUUCGUAUGGUUCUACAGUCAACAUAUGAAGGACCAAAGGAAGAAAAGACUGGCAAUACCGACACCGAAUAUGUUGCCAGAAACACAUGCAUAAUGUAUUUUUAUAUAAAAUCAAUAUAUAUACAUA